AUGAUAUUAAUAAUUGCCGACAACCUUUACAGAAAUCUGAAAAACACAUGCCGUGAAAGUGGGAUAACCUUAAGUUCAAUUUUCCUAUUUGUUUGGCACAAAAUAUUGAGCGUCUAUGGCAACAGCAGUCAGACAGUUAUUGGAACAACAGUAUCCGGUCGUAAUCUACCAGUCAAUGAUAUCGAAACAUCAGUUGGCUUAUUCAUAAACACACUGCCAUUAAUUGUGAAUCAUUAUGCCGAUGGAUUAAUCAUAGAUGCAAUAAAAGAUAUUCAAGAUAAGAUGAAUGAAAUGAUUACUCGAAGUAAUGUCGAUUUCUCUCAACUAAGUAAAGGAAAAAUGAAGCGCAGUUUAUUCGAUUGCCUGUUCGUUUAUGAAAAUUAUCCAACUCUAGAAGGCAAAGUUCAGGGAAAUGAACAAUUAUUGAAGUUCGAAACAAAAUAUAGCGUUGAAAAACUAGACUAUCCUUUAGCCGUUGUUGCUUAUGAAACAG